GGGUAGCCUACGACGUGUUUUUCUUCUCAGUCCAUCUUGCAGGGUCUCGCUAUACAGAUCGUCCUCGUUUACGCAUUUGAAAAUGGGACUUAAAAAUUUUCCUUUUUGAAAUUGAAAUGUAUUUUUACCAGUUUGCAACUCCGAUUCACGUCUUGGACUGACUCAUAUACAGAGAAAAUGGGGUGCUGUUCUGGUCGCUGUAUGCUGAUCUUCCUCUGUACUCUCCAGUUGAUAACUGCUCUGGAGAGGCAGGUGUUUGACUUCCUCGGGUACCAGUGGUUGCCCAUCAUGAUCAACUUCCUGCAGAUAAUCAUGGUUAUCUUAGGUCUCUUUGGUACUAUCCAGUACAGACCACGCUAUGUUGUCCUGUACCUGCUCUGGACAUUGUUUUGGGUGGCUUGGAAUGUCUUUGUCAGUUGUCUGUACCUGGACCUGGGAGGGCUUUCAAAGGACAGUGAUAUUCUGUCUCUUGGGGUGUCCCCACAUCACUCUUGGUGGAAAGGAAACGGGCCAAGUUGUGAGCGCAGAGACCUCCCUGCCACAGGGUGGCAGAGUCUGGAAAACCCGGAGCUCGUCACGGCUCUAGGUUGCUGGCUAGAAUACCAAUACAUAGAGGUCCUCCACUGCAUUGUACAGCUUCUCAUAUCUCUCCUGGGAUUUGUCUACGCUUGCUAUGUAGUCAGCACUUUCACAGAAGAAGAAGACAGCUUUAAUUUCAUUGGUGAAUUCCACCUUCCUUCAAAACCAUCUCAGUUGAUCUUUUAGUUUAUAGACUACUACAAAUAAAGAUGGUGAUUGCAAGGAACCAGCCAGGAGGGCAAAGAAGGAAGAAGCAGAAUAAAUACUGGUGCUUGGGAUCUAAUCUGAUCCCAAAAAUGUAAACAACGUUCUCUAUAUCAGCACUCUUACCACAUGUUACCACAGCCGGACUGCACUAUACUGUGUUGUACAUCAUUGAGUUGCACUCCUGAAAAAAAACAGUUCUCCUCACAUAACUUACUUUUGACAUAACUUAUAUUGUAGGUACAUGACACAGAAGUACUGGAAUGGAUUUGUGCAGAGAUCAUAGACUGAAAUCUGUGCUUUUAUUCAGCAUCUGUGUGUGUGGUGUGUGUGUGUGUGUGUGUUUGUGUACUCACAUGCAAAGGAGUAGUCAACUGUGGGCCUAGCCUAUAACUACAACAUUUUCUUGAAUUGAAAAUAGCAAACAGAGGCAAAAAAAAAACCAUUCUUCUU